UUUGCUACUUUCUAGUCCCAAAGGAAAGACAACACAAAUAUUGAAAGCUGGAUUCAGCGCUGUUAUGGCCAUGUUUGGGUGAAAAAAUAACGGGGAAAUGUCAUUAGCAGUUGUCCUUAGAAGUUGUGUUAACCUAAGGGGGAAAUGCGACCGCUUGGCACGGAUAACGUUUCGGGGAGUAACAUAUCAAUCCAGUAUAUAUGAAAAUUGUUCAGAAGCUGAGUGGGAUGAGGAAUAUGAAUGGCCCCUUGCUAGUCCUUUGGACCCAAGUGAAUUUAUCGAGGUUGAAGUAUUUAACUUCAACAAAAUCUUUAAUAACAGAUUGGUUGGUGUGUUUCGCAUGGUGUUGCAAAAAUUGAUACAGGAUGGCAGUUUGGAAAUACAAGAAAGCUUAGUUGACUCCAAUAACACUGUUUUGAAGGCUCAAGUAAUAUUAGAACUCCAGUACCACCCACCAGAUGGUAAUGCAGACACAGGGUGGGACAGUGGAAUACUACCAGCACCUGUACCUAUAUCUGGGGAACCCAUUGAACAACCAUAUCAGCCAUUGAUCAUAGAUCAUGCUGAUGGGACUAUGUCUGAAAGAAGCUUUAGCACAACAAGAGGGGGAUCCAUGACUGAUGCAGAGCGUAGACAGUCACACAUGUACAUGGAGAUGUCAAACCGUCCAGCUGGUCGACCCCCAAGCAUGCCCAACAUACCAAUGCAUUUCAAAAAUGGUGGUAUCACCCAGGAUGCUGACUCCAGCAAUUUAGGGAGCAGAAAGGAGUCGCUACCAAGCAUUAAUCAAAACUUGAGCGUCGGUAACACGGAAAUUUCUGUCGUGGGACCGUUUGAUAAAAUGUGGAAGCAAGAAGCUGGAAGUCGUCGAGAAUCCUUCAAUGUUAGCGAAGUCAAAGGUCACAGUCAUCCUCGAGUGAGGGAGAGAAAGAAGGAGUCUGUGAAAGAACAGGAUUAUCAGGUUCAAGUGCGCGUGUUGGAGUGCCGUCAGCUUGCUGGAACACAACUGGAUCCGGUGUGCACGGUGACCGUGGGAAACCAGAAAAAACACACUCCUGUGAAAGAACAGACAAAUUGCCCAUAUUGGGAUGAGUUCUUCGUGUUUGAUUUUAAAAUGCCAUCGUCCGUAUUGUUUGACAAGAUUAUCAACCUACAGGUCUUUACAGGACGAAAUCUUGUGUCUCAAGGAUCGUUGAUCGGAUCAUUCAAGUUGGAUGUGGGAACAGUCUACGCGCAGGUGGAUCAUAGAUUUUGUCGUCGUUGGGCCGUGUUGACAGACCCCGAGGAAACUCUGGGCGCAUCCGGGGCUGGAGUGAAGGGUUAUCUUAAAGUUGAUAUAACAGUACUUGGUAAAGGCGAUCCUAUCAAGGAAGCGCCUGCGAUUAAGGAUAAUUGAUGAGAUAUUGAAGGAAACUUGUUGCUGCCUGAAGGCGUUCCUGCUGAAAGACCCAAAGCUCAAAUUGUUGUCAAGAUCUACAGGGCGGAAGGAUUACCAAAAAUGAAUUCGGGCUUGAUGGCGAACGUUAAGAAAGCUUUCACAGGCGAGGUGCGAGAUCUGGCCGACCCAUACGUUGAAGUUUCUUUUGCUGGUCACAAACAAAGGACGUCGGUGAAGAAGCACACAUAUGAGCCGGCCUGGAACGAACAAGUUGUGUUUGCAGAAUUGUUUCCACCUCUUUGUCGACGGAUAAGAGUUCAACUAAAAGACAGUGAUUCAGUGUCCGAUGAGGUAAUCGGAACACACUUCAUCGAUCUUUCUGCCAUAUCAAAUGAUGGUGCAAACGGAUGGAAUGGCGACCUUUAUCGUACUGGGUCUACAGCAAAAUCAAACAAGAAGAGGAAGGCUGAUCGCUCAUCAUCAGCUGAUGUUGGUUUUAUGCCCACGUUCGGCCCUUGCUGGGUGAAUCUUUACGGCUCGACAAGAGAUUACUCUCUCUUCGAUGAACAUAACGAUUUGAACAACGGCUUGGGUGAAGGCGUCUCCUACCGAGGUCGCCUUCUUAUGGCCGUCCAAGCGGAAACUGGUGAAUCCGCGUCGGACUCGGGAAUAAAACAAGUUGAGGUGGAAGCUGCCGCACCCAUCUCAGAGACUGCCGCAGGAAAAGAGGAACAAUUUCAAUUGUUCGCUUGCCUCUACGAGGCCUCGAUGAUUGAUCGUAAAGUUGGCGACAAAAACAUUCAAUUUGAGAUGACGAUUGGUAACAACGGUAAUCAGUUGGACAGAACGGAUGAGAAGGUUGCCAAAGAAUUGGAAGAAAAUCCAUUUCUUAAUUCCCUCACGCCUCCCGUGCGUCCUGUCACGAACAAUCGCCAAUACUAUCACAUUCCCUGGGACGAUUUCAAACCCUGUCUUCAUAUCAAAUUUCCAUGGCAGGACCACAGACGUCGCUUGUACAAUGCUAACAUCAUCUACAAAAUUUGUGAACGAUUUGAAGAUGGCUUGGUUGACAUCUUGGAAAGAGUUAAAAUGGAUCUUCCUGAUACCUACAAAUGGCUGAACAGGGUUCUUGGAGAACUUGUAAAUGGCUGCACAAAUUACCUCAACUUGAUGAAGUCAGUCCCUGCAGCUGCUCACAUUGGACGAACGAAGCUCGAUCAAGAGAGAUUAAAACUCUGCAACUAUGAAAUUGAAGCAGUCAUGCAGGCGGCAUCUGAUCUGAAAUUAAUUUGCAACGACGACGUGCAUGCAAAAGAACAUAUGAAGACCGCGAACGGAUUACUCCAAAGAUUGCUUAAUAUUGCAACGGAGCCCCAGGACAGUCUUCCCGAUAUCUUCGUCUGGAUGUUGUGUGGUAACAAACGCGUGGCGUACACGCGGAUACCAGCGCAACACGUGUUGUACUCGCUCGUGGAAGAAGAGCGCGGGAAGGACUCGGGACGAAUGCAAACACUUUUCCUCAGGUUACCAGGCAAGCGCGGUGAGGGUCCCAAGGGUUGGGCGAUCCAAUCAAAACUGAACAUCAUGAUUUGGUUAGGACUGCAUAAACACAAGAAAGACUAUCUAAAAGAUGCCCCGAAAGGUUAUGACAUGCCACGAAAUGCUCACAAACUCAUGGCUCCACCUCCAAAUGACCUGGUUUACAAAGUGAAACAGAAGUUUGUGCUGAGGUCUCAUUUGUAUCAGGCUCGAAGUUUAAUUGGCAGUGACGCUUCAGGUUUAUCAGAUGCAUUUGCCAAAGUCAUUUUCACCCAUUUCAUUGCCGAGACUCGAGUAAUCUGGGAGACUAGAAGCCCGACGUGGGACCAGACCAUAAUCUUUGAGGAUAUUUUCCUCUGGGGAGAUGUCAACGAGAUUGCCGUGAACCCACCGACGAUCGUGGUCGAGAUUUUUGAUAAAGACAUCGGAGGCGAUUCAGAGUUCAUCGGUCGCGCUCUAGCUCGACCUAUUGUGAAAAUGGCGUGUGAACCUUACGAGAAACCUUUCUUUCCACCCGCCUUGGAAUGGUUCCAGAUAUUCCGCGGUGAAGAGAAGGCCGGUGAACUCCUGGCGGCCUUUGAACUUCUUCAGGUCACCGACGGUGCAACACACAUGCCCCCAGAGGUUGAACCGGUCAAUACUUCCGAUGGUCCGAUAUGUCCGGUACCUGAAGGAAUUCGACCAGUGAUGAAGAAACACAAAAUUGAGGUGCUGUUCUGGGGUGUUCGUGAAAUGAAACGUUUGAAUCUUCAAACUGUUGAUCGUCCUCAAGUGGAUAUCGAGUGUGCUGGUCGUGUUAUCCAAUCAACGGUCAUCGCGAACGCUCGACGUAAUCCGAACUUCCUAAAUCCUGUUGACUUCUUUGACGUGGAGCUGCCUGAAAAUGAACGGUACUGUCCUCCGCUGACCGUACGCGUUCGCGAUUGCCGGACAUUUGGCCGGUUCUCAUUGGUCGGCACUCAUGUGCUGAACUCAUUACAUCGCUAUCGAUAUCCCAAGGAAGGAGAUCUCAUUGAAAGAGCAUCGAUCAAAGACGUCACAGAAGAGCCUCAAACAGACCCGAACGCUCCAGCGCAGACCGGAGAUGUCGUGGUGAAUAUCGAUGAUGCAGCUAUCGGCGAGGACGCUCCUGAGGAACCCGCAGCUGCUCAGGAACCAGCGGAUAAGGGCAAGAAAAAAGGAGAAAAAGAAGAGGAAGAUGAUGAUAGCGAGGAUACUCUGGACUGGUGGUCAAGAUAUUAUGAAACUAUGAAGUUUAUCGAUGCUGAAGCGGAAGAUAAGAAAAAGGAGGAGAAACGGAAGAAAGAGAAGAAGGAACAAGAGAAAGAAGGGAAGGAUGAUAAGAAAGAUAAGAAAGAUAAAAAGAAAGAAAAGAAUGUUCAACCUGAAGUCUCAAAGAGACCGGAACGAAAGAAGAAUAUUCCUUUGAUUAAGAUUUAUCGCACAGAGUUGGAAAAUGUUGUGGAAUUCAACAACUUUAACGAUUGGCUUCAUUCCUUCUCGUUAUAUCGAGGCAAGAAAACCAGCGAGGAGGAUGAUGAUGAACACAGAGUCGUUGGAAAGUUCAAGGGAUCGCUGAAAGUAUGGCAGUAUCCAUUACCUGAGAAUAUUGAGACUGAUCCUGUUAUUGGUACUUUCCGCAAGUUACCCAGCAACGAACCAGUCAAUGUCUUGGUUCGUGUUUACGUCGUAAAGGCAUUAAACCUCCAUCCGUCUGAUCCGAACGGCAAGGCUGAUCCAUAUCCUGUGGUAACUCUGGGAAAACAAAAGGUGAAGGAUCGUGAUAAUUACAUCUCAAAACAGUUGAAUCCAAUUUUUGGAAGAACAUUCGAGUUCGAGGCUCUGAUUCCCAUGGACUCGAUUCUUACCGUUGGUGUGUAUGACUGGGAUCUAGUCGGCAGCGAUGAUUUGAUUGGAGAAACGAAGAUCGAUUUGGAAAACCGCUUCUACAGCAAACACAGAGCCACAUGUGGAUUACAAGAACAGUUUUCAACAUUCGGCUUCAACAAAUGGCGUGAUCCGCAGCGACCUACUCAUAUUUUGGCCAAACUUUGUAAAGACGAAGGCUUAGACGGACCUCAUUACAACAAUGGCAAAUGUCAAGUUGACGGAAUCACGUUCCGAGCUCCUGGACAGAUCCAAGAUGAAUCCGGUAACUGGAAGCAAUCGGACGAACCAUCAGCGCUGAUGGUUUUACGAAACAUGCACAAAGUAAUGAAAGAACAUCAUCUUGUUCCUGAGCAUGUUGAAACGAGAUCUCUAUAUUGCCCCGAUAAACCUGGAGUGGAACAGGGCCAGAUUGAGAUGUGGGUGGAUAUGUUUCCUAGAGACAUGCAAUCCCCUGGCGCUCCAGUUGAUAUUACACCAAGGAAACCAACCAGUUACGAACUUCGAAUCAUAGUUUGGAAUACAGAUGAAGUUGUUAUGGAUGAUACAAAUGUCAUCACAGGGGAGAAAUGUAGCGAUAUCUUUGUCAAAGGUUGGAUCGAAGGAAUGAAAGAUGAGAAGCAAGAGACAGAUGUUCAUUAUAAGUCUAUGACUGGCGAAGGAAACUUCAACUGGAGAUUGAUUUUCCCCUUCAAUUAUCAACGAGCAGAAGAACGAAUCAUUAUUACGAGAAAGGCUUCCUUCUUCUCCUGGGAUGAAUCUGAAGAGAAAGUUCCACCUCGUGUUGUUUUACAAGUUUGGGAUGCAGACGCUUUUUCAGCAGACGAUUUUAUUGGCGACCUUGCGUUGGAUUUGAAUCGAAUGCCAAGAGGAGCGAAAUCGGUGAAGACGUGUAACCUUGACAUGGCGAAGAAAGACGGAACCAUUCCACAUAUAUCUUUGUUUAAACUGAAACACAUGAGAGGAUGGUGGCCCUUUACUGUUAACACGGAUCUUGAAGAGAUUGAACUUGCUGGUAAAUUGGAGGCAGAGUUUGAAUUAUUGACAGAAGAAGAAGCUGAGAAGAAACCCGCUGGUAAAGGACGAGAGGAGCCUGAACCUCUUCCAAAACCAAAUCGCCCUGACACUUCGUUUGUUUGGUUCAUGAACCCACUUAAAUCACUUCGUUACAUGUUGUGGAAUAAUUAUAAAAUGUGCAUCGUUAAAUUCCUUGUCAUCUUCCUCCUGCUGGCUCUUAUGGGAUUAUUUUUCUAUUCUAUGCCGGGUUAUACGGUCAAGAAGAUCUUCAAUGCCUAAUCUCGACUGUACUGUCAUGACAAAACCACCAAUUAUACUUUUAAUUUAUUUCAAGAGAACUUGCCAUCGAUAAAUAAUGUAAUGCGUAAGAAUACAAUUUCUCAUACGAAGCGCGGCACGUAAUACAGCUGUAAGUAAUUAUGACAUGCAUAUGAUAAAUCCUGCGUGUUUGUAGGUAUUUCACGUCUCUUAAUUGAUAUAUCGACGAGAAAAUUAGCAUGCAUGACAAGGUUUAAAGUGAGAUCUCUAUAUUUCAGGAGGCAACUGGAAUGCAAACAUAUUCUUAGCCUUAGCUUUCGGGAAGUUACCAACUGUUGCUACUUACUAUAACCAUAAACAAUUUUGCAGAUCAAAAUUGGACGUUCGGAUUAAUCAUAUGCACGCCUAUUACGUGUCAAUAGCGUAUGUAUAAUAAUUAAAAAUAUAUAGUAUAAUAUAUAUAAUAUUUUAAGAUAAAAAAUAUAAUU